UUUCAUACUUGUGCCAUAUAGUUGAUGAACUGAAGUAUUAACUCUGAAUGUGAUAUUUGUUGUUUGUGUUGUGACAUUCACUCAGGAACUUUAUGUAAGCGUUAUAAACAUUUUUAUACUACAUUUGUUACUGUUAAUAUCGAAUUUUAAUCAUACGCAUUAUAUUCUGUUGAUUGCUUACGCCUUAUAAUGUCUGAUUCAAAUUGGCCAAUAAAUUCCCCAAACGAUGAGAGCUCCACAGGUGCUCUCACGUCCCCUGCAAGAGACCCCGAAGAGCCUUUUGAAGAUGAAACCGAACUACUCGGAAAUGUUUCCUACCACGAAGAAGAAGAGGAAGAUGGUGAAGAGUUGUUCGGGGACAAUAUGGAAGAUGAUUAUCGUCCAAUGCCUGCUCUGGAUAGAUAUGACUCUGAUGUCCUCGAUGAUGAUGAUUAUGAUAACAUCACACAAGCUGAUAGGGCUGCUGCUGAGCAGGCUAUGCGUAGAAGAGACAGAGCUAUGGGGGUGCAUCGAGAUGAAAGGGAUUUGGUUUUUGGGGAUAUGAGCGAGGAUGAAGAUGGUGAUGCGGGGUAUAGUAAGCGAUCGAAGACUCAACGGAGUACUGAUUUUGAAAAAGAUAUUGAAUUGGAGGAUCAGGAUAUGAUCGAGAGUAUUGAGAAUUUGGAGGAUACUAAAGGACAUUCGACGAAGGAGUGGGUUAGUAUGCUGGGACCACGUACGGAGAUUGCUAAUCGUUUCAAAGGGUUUUUGAGGACGUAUGUUAAUGCUAAAGGGCAGUAUAUAUACAAAGAACGUAUCAGACGUAUGUGUGAAUCCAAUAAGUCUAGUUUUAGCGUCGAGUUUCCUAUCCUUGCAAGCAAGGAGCACGUUUUAGCUUACUUUUUACCCGAAGCCCCCUUCCAAAUGCUUCAAAUCUUCGACGAAGUCGCUAAAGAUCUUGUUUUGUCUAUUUUCCCAAGUUACGAACGUGUCACUAAUGAAAUCCAUGUUCGUAUAUCUGAGUUGCCGUUGAUUGAAGAACUCAGGACCUUCCGGAAGCUCCAUUUGAACCAGUUGGUACGUACUUUAGGUGUAGUUACAGCAACCACAGGCGUUAUGCCCCAGUUGUCGGUUAUUAAGUACGAUUGUAUAAAAUGUGGGUAUGUGUUGGGACCGUUUGUGCAAUCGCAGAACUCUGAAGUCAAACCGGGUAGUUGUCCGGAGUGUCAGAGCACUGGACCGUUUUCAGUGAAUAUGGAGCAAACUGUUUAUAGGAAUUAUCAGAAAGUUACGUUGCAGGAAAGUCCUGGACGUAUUCCUGCCGGUAGGAUUCCCCGGAGUAAAGAUUGUAUUUUGUUAGCGGAUUUGUGUGAUGCUUGUAAACCGGGGGAUGAGGUAGAUGUUACUGGUAUAUAUACGAAUAAUUAUGAUGGGUCUUUGAAUACCGAACAAGGUUUUCCAGUAUUUGCUACUGUAUUGUUAGCAAAUCAUAUUAUAGUUAAAGACAGCAAGCAAGUCGUGCAUGCUUUAACCGACGAAGACAUCUCAGUCAUCCAAAAAUUAAGCAAAGACCCUAAAAUAAGUGAACGCAUAGUCUCUAGUAUAGCACCAUCAAUUUAUGGGCACGAUUACAUCAAACGCAGUAUAGCUUUAUCCUUGUUUGGUGGUGAAGCCAAAAAUCCUGGUGAGAAGCACAAACUACGUGGAGACAUCAAUGUUUUAAUAUGCGGUGACCCAGGUACAGCCAAAUCCCAGUUUUUGAAGUACGUGGAAAAAGUUGCACCACGUGCAGUCUUCACAACGGGUCAAGGUGCAAGUGCUGUCGGUUUAACAGCUUACGUUAGAAGAAACCAGAUGACUAGAGAGUGGACUUUGGAAGCUGGUGCUUUGGUGUUGGCUGAUCAAGGUAUUUGUUUGAUUGACGAGUUUGAUAAAAUGAAUGAUCAGGAUAGGACGUCUAUACACGAAGCGAUGGAACAACAGUCGAUCAGUAUAUCCAAGGCUGGUAUUGUUACAUCGUUGCAAGCCAGGUGUGCUGUUAUAGCUGCUGCAAAUCCUAUCGGAGGACGUUAUGAUCCUAGUUUAACGUUUUCUGAAAACGUGAACUUGUCUGAACCGAUUUUGUCACGUUUUGACAUCCUUUGCGUGGUUAAAGAUGAGUUUGAUCCUAUGCAAGACCAAUUAUUGGCUAAAUUUGUUGUCGGGUCUCAUAUCAAGCACCAUCCCUCGAAGGAACAAGUUAAGGAAGUAGAAAGCGAUAACGAUUUUGCACUGUCUCAAGAGUUGUUACGCAAAUACAUUGUAUACAGCAAAGAAAACAUACGUCCCAAACUCCAAAACAUGAACCAGGACAAAAUAGCUAAAAUGUACAGCCAACUACGUCAAGAAUCCUUAGCAACAGGAUCCUUACCCAUAACAGUCAGACACAUCGAGAGUGUCAUCAGAAUGUCUGAAGCCCAUGCCAGGAUGCACUUACGAGAAUCAGUCUCCGAUGCUGAUGUCAACAUGGCCAUCAGGAUAAUGCUCGAGAGUUUCAUCGAGGCCCAAAAGUACAGCGUUAUGAAAAAAAUGAGACACACCUUCCAGAAGUACCUGGCCUUCCACAAAGACCACUCGGUCCUACUAUUCUUCAUCCUGAGACAACUCACGUUGGAACAAUUGGCCUACCUCAGGUGUCUCAAAGGUCCCCAGGCUGCAACGGUUGAAAUAAUGGAAAGCGAUUUGUUGGAAAAUGCUAAACAAAUCGAUAUUCAUAAUCUGAAACCGUUUUAUGAAAGUCAUAUUUUUAAAACGAAUGGUUUUACUUAUGAUGCUAAGAGGAAGGUUAUUGUGCAGAUUGUUUCGGAAGCAUCGUCGAUUGAGGCGUAG